CAACCUGUCCGAGAUUUUGUUUCAUUCGCCGCACGGGACAUGCUCGAGCGGAGAUGACAACUGCCUAGAAUUGGCAUCCAAUUAGUAAUAACCAGUAGGACGUAUCAGUUUUCCCACGCAACAUUUCUUCCUCAAGCUCAUAACACACUGCCCUUCCGUCGGGUCAGCAAGCAGUCGUGCACGCCAAGCAAGGAUGGACCAAGCGACCGCAAAGAAAACACUCCAAGAGCUCAUCAAACGCGAGGACUUGAAAAACAAGCAUUGUGUUGACUGUGGAAACCCCAACCCCCAAUGGGCGUCAGUGAGCUUCGCCAUCUUCAUCUGCCUACAGUGUGCAGGUAUACACAGAGGCUUCGGCGUACAUAUCAGUUUUGUGAGAUCAGUCUCAAUGGAUACCUGGCAAUAUGAUCAAAUAAGACGCAUGCAGCUUGGAGGAAAUGAUCCUUUUCACAUUUUUUUGCGGUCUUACACACCCGCUGAUGAAGGGGGGUACAAAGAUGGGAUGAGUUCAUAUGACCUUUACCGUUGCUGGGCGGCAACCCAGUAUCGCGAAAAGUUGGACUGCGAGGCCGCAGGUCGUCCGUGGUCUCCUUCGAGCCCUCCUGCCGGGCGUGUGACCACACCAACGAGACCCGCUUCUGCCCAAGGUCUUAGAAAGUCCCGUGCAGUAUCGCGUAACCCUGUGGGCGGCAUCUCAUCCAACAGUUCAUUCGGCAUUUCUACUCAACCAUCUUCUGACGUCUCUGGCGUGGACCAAAAAGCUGCCAACGAAGCCUAUUUUGCGGCACUUGGUCAAGCGAAUGCGUCACGUCCAGUCGACUUGCCACCUUCGCAAGGGGGCCGUUAUCAGGGGUUCGGCAAUACCCCUUCUCCUUCGCAACAUCCAUUUCUCAACUCAACUUCUUCUGCGGCUCCGUCACUAGCCAAUUUCCAAGAAAAUCCUACAGCCGCUCUUAGCAAGGGUUGGUCCAUCUUGUCCACAGUUGUCGGUGGCGCUUCGCGUGCAUUCAAUGAGACAGUCAUCCAACCUGGUAUGGAACGUGUCAAGGACCCCAAUUUCCAGGCUAGCAUUCGCGGGUACGUUUCCGAGGCGCAAAGGCGUGCCCAGCUCGCCGGCCAGUCUGCCAAUGAAUGGUCGAAGACGCAACUUGGGGUCGAUGUUGCCGAUCAUGUGGGAGGUAUCGUGGGUUCAGUCAGGGACCAGAUUGGUUCUGGACCUCCAGGUUUAGGAUAUAAUUCCCUUGCCACCCACAACCAAGCCGAAACAUCCGGAUUGUACCAUGAUGACACAGACGACUUUUUCCACGAGUAUUCCGAUGCAACCGCGAGCGUUUCUCAGACCUCGACACAACAUUCACUACAACCCUCGGAUGCUCAGGUCUCGAAAAAGGAUGACGGUUGGGAUGAUUGGCAAGACUUUUAGAUAGACUCGUAAUACUCAUUUGCGGCCUCCGCCUGUAAUGUCUUGGUCCAGCGAUUGGAUAUCUUCACGAAUAUCCAUUGAACUGGUGAAAGAAUGCUUUGUGUUG